AGAGUAAUAUUAAAAAUAUAACCCAUAGGAACGAUAAUAAUGAAAUGUGGAAAAUAUAAAUUUUCAAUUGUAAAAAAUGGAAAUCGCAAAAAAAUUCACGUCAUUACAAGAAAUUUCAAAGGCCCAGCUCUCUAAAAUCCUGAAUGUCAACUCGAGCACAAAGUAUCUUAUUUUGGAACCAAGCCUUAUCAGACCUUUGGAAAGGGUUUGUGGGGUGAAGUGGCUAAAGGGUAACGGAGUUGAUAAAAUUUUCAAGCUAGAAACAACAACACCUGACUUUAGUAAUAGUACACAUUUUUAUAUGAUACACUCAGACAUAAAACUAUUCAAACAAGUUGUUAACCAGAUAAGGUCAUAUGUAGAUGUAGAAAAGCCAGUCAAGGAUAAAUUUCAUAUAAUUGUAGUACCACGAUAUAUUUGUACAUACGAAAAUGAAUUGGAAGAGUUGGGAUUAUUACAUGAUUCUAUCAGAUUGCAUUCCUUCCAGUGGAUGCCCCUUCACUUAGACGCAAGAAUCUUAAGUCUGGAAAUACCAAAUAUAUACAGUUCUCUCUUUGUCUACCACAAUACUUCCUACUUACCUAUUCUAUCAAAAGUUUUAUGGCAACUCUGUUUUGUGGUAGGAAAACCUCGUUUAGUUUUAACCUUAGGCGAAUAUUCCAAUGCAUUGGUGUUACAAUAUGACCAGCUCUGUGACGAUAGAGGAGAAACUGAUAAGGUAGACUCUGACUUCAGUGCCUUGGUAGUAGUAGAUAGAAAUGUGGACUAUUCCAGUGCCUUACUGACUCCAGGAGUGUAUUCAGCCUUACUAAGUGAAGUAUAUCCCGUAAGCGCUGGUAUUUGUCAAAAUAAACAAGAAGAAAGUGGAAAAUUAGAUGAGAAGUUCAACCCUACUGUUGAGAAACAAACAGUCAACAUUAAUAUGGAGAGUACUUUUGAUAGUGUCUAUGAUGAUAUUAAAAAUCGAUAUUUUACGGAAGUGACUUCCGUAUUGAGCAGUUUAACUAAACAAUUGAAAACAGAAAAGAUGAGCUCUAAGGAAAUGGCUCUUGAUGAAAUUAAACUUUAUGUCAAAACUCAACUUCAAGCUACUAAUUCUAGAAAAAAGUUUAUUACCAAUCAUUUACUUGCAGCAGAAACUAUUAUUAAUACACUUGGUUAUCGCUAUGAAAAUCAAAAAACCAUUGAGCAGAAUAUAAUAAGAAAUUGUGAUAAAGCAACAAAUAUAAAUUUUCUCAAUGAACUUUUAGCUACUGAAAAUAAUAGGUACACAGUGUUGCGCUUAUUUUGCCUCAUUGCUAUUGCACAGUCUAUGAGUGAGAGUGAGAUCAGGACCUUUUGGCGUAAAUAUUUACAUCAGUUUGGAUUCCAUUAUGGGUUUGCAUUCAGUAAUUUAAUAUCAACAGGUUUCAUUUCAGAACCUGCUCAAACUACGGGUAGUUUUAAUUUGCAGGGAAAAAUAAAAAUUCCUUUAUUUUCCUCUCGAAAUUUUCAGAUGAAUGCAAAAAAUUUGAGACAAAUACCUCAAGAUCCUGAUAAGAUCAACUUAAAAUACCCAACAUGUGCAAGUUAUGUGUAUGGUGGAAAUUAUAUUCCACUCAUUACUCAGAUUGCUGGAUUGUUACUCAAUUCUGUACCUAUAGAGGAAAUCAGAACAAAGUUGGAGGUUUUUGGUAAGCUGUCUAUUAGAAAUGACAGAGGUUAUCCUCUUCCAGCUAGAAAUAUUUUGAUUUAUAUAAUAGGUGGAGUAACUUAUGCAGAAAUAGCUGCAUGUAAUUUAUUAGAAACCAUGACUGGAGCUCAGAUCUGUAUUUUGAGUGAUAAGAUAAUAACAGGAAAUGAUUUGAUGGAAGGAAUAUUGAAUUAUCCAAAAUAGAUUAACGAUUUUAUACAUUGUGAUUGAAAUUUUCCGAAAGAUAUAUUAAUUGAUAACUUAGUUGUGAAAACUGAUGUUAGAGUCAGUGAAAUUAUUUAUUUUGAACGAAUAUUUCUACUUUUGGGCCA